AUGGAUGCAGAGAUGGCUUCCUGGAAGUCCACAGGCACCUACGUUGACGCGGUUCCCCCUCCUGGGGCGAACAUCGUCAGUGGCAUGUGGAUCUUCAGGGUGAAGCGGCCGCCGGGCUCUCCACCUGUCUUCAAGGCACGGUACGUUGCUCGUGGCUUCAGUCAGCGGCAGGGAGUUGACUACUUUCAGACCUUCUCUCCCACCCCGAAGAUGACUACUCUUUGGGUGCUGCUGCACAUAGCCGCUCAGCGCGACUACGAGCUUCACUCUCUCGACUUCAGCACUGCGUUCUUGCAGGGUAGCCUGCACGAGGAGAUCUGGCUUCGCCGUCCACCUGGCUUCACUGGGACUUUCCCUCCUGGCACCCAGUGGAGCCUCCGACGGCCAGUCUACGGUCUCCGCCAGGCACCGCGUGAGUGGCACGACACACUGAGGACUACGCUUGCGGCUCUUGGGUUUGCUCCUUCUACUGCUGACCCGUCGCUGUUUCUUCACACCGACACUUCCCUGCCGCCGUUCUACAUCCUCGUGUACGUCGACGACUUGGUCUUUGCCACAGCGGACACUGCUGGACUCGCCUACGUGAAGUCCGAGCUGCUGAAGAGACACACGUGCACAGACCUGGUCGAGUGGUCCGUAUGCAGAGCUUGUUGGCUGCCUCAUGUACCUGAUGACCUGCACACGACCUGA